AUGGGAGCUCUCAACUACUCCGACCCAGUCGUGCCACACGCCGGACUUCAUCCACCUCGGAUUGACCCUUGCCGUUCAAGUCAUCCCGGUCCUGUGGUCGGAUGUUGGGGGAGAGUCUCCCAACCUGACUCUUCAGGCAAGUAUGCAUUUUAUGAUCGCUCGUAUCUGCCUGACUUCGUUCAAAUUUCCAGCCAAUUUAUAUGGACUGAUCAGCUCGAUGAUGACCUUCGAUUACUGGGACGCACGAUUAACGGCAUCAUGGAAGCCCCUAACCCGUCCAACUCAGUCGAGCCUUAUAGCCAGCGUCAGAUUAGCCGUCCCGGUCCUGUUGUUGAGUCUGGGGAAGAGGUCUUCCAACGUGCCACUCUAGGCGAGUACGAUUCAAUCGAGCACCAUUCGCAACCUGAUCUGCCUCUCAUUUCUAGGGGCAACGACACGACUUCCAAUGUUAUGUGGCUGUAUUAUCAGAAUGUACGCGGCCUGAGGACGAAAAUUGACGAUCUCUAUGUAGCAGUAUGCGAUUGUAAUUACGACGUCAUCAUGUUGACUGAAUCCGGACUUGACGACAGCAUCAACUCCAUACAGCUAUUCGGAGCUGAAUUUAACGUUUUCCGUUGUGACCGUAGUCCUUCCAACAGUUCCAAGUCCAGAUUUGGUGGUGUCCUUAUCGCAGUAGCUCGUCACUUCUCUGCUGUAUCGGUUCAAACGAGGAAUGGAAACUCUUUGGAACAGAUUUGUGUCUCCACUACCAUACGUUGGAAAAGGAUAUUACUUUGCGCAGUAUACAUUCCUCCCGACCGCAGUCGUGACGUGGGGGUUUAUGAUUCCCAUUUGGCUUCUGUGCGUGAGCUGUGUGACCGUGCGUCUUCUGAUGACACCGUAUUGGUAUGUGGCGAUUACAAUCAGCCUCAUAUUGCAUGGGAAUUACAUGCUAACUCUGUUGUUGAUCUGAAUCCGUCUUUGACCUCUGCAGCGAGUGCUGUUCUAUUGGAUGGAAUCACCUUUCUCGGUCUCCAGCAGCGCAACUUCAUUCGUAAUUUUCGUGGCCGAACACUGGAUCUGGUUUUUUGUGCUCCCGAUAUUAACAUCGCUAUCAACGAAUCUGUAUCGCCACUGCUAGCGGUGGAUUUGCACCAUCCUCCGUUAGUAUUAUCGUUAUCGGAUACAAGAGGAGCAGUGUUGGCCGUUGAGGAUCGGAACGAAGGCGAACAUACGUUGAAUUACGCAAAAAUUAAUUUCGCUGCAUUUAACGAGUUUCUGAGUAGCUACAAUUGGAACGCUCUUGGUCAGGACGUUAACGACAUCGCAACGCGUUUUUGCGAAAUCGUUUGCAGCUGGCUCGUGACGAAUACCCCACGAAGGAAACCUCCAAUGUCUCCAGCUUGGAGCACUCCACUUCUUCGCAUUCUACGGCGCGAUAAAAAUUCUUGCCAACGUAAAUUACGCCGUCGACGAACUGUUGAAACCAUACACAACUUUCAACUCGCUAGCAGUGUAUACCGACGCCUUAACCGUGCCCUCUACAAAUCAUACGUGCUUCGUGUCCAGACAAACCUGCGUAGAAAUCCAAAGAGCUUCUGGAAGUUUGUCAAUUCCAAGCGAAAAACAGCAGAUAUCCCGUCUAAGGUGUUCUCGGGCGCUCAGGAAUCGUCCUCCGUUUCUGAAAUGUGCGAUUUAUUUUCAAAACACUUUGCAUCGGUGUUUGUCGCUGAGGCAGCCACCCCGUCAGAAGCCGAGAGAGCUGCAGCUAACAUUCCAGAGAGUUUAAUAGACUUGGGACCAUUCGUCGUUACCCCACAGAUGGUUGAGAAGGGCGUAAAAAAAUUGAAACGUUCAACAGUUCCUGGCCCAGAUGGCGUUCCAGCUAUAGUUUUUUGCCGCUGUGCUACAUCUUUGGCUUUACCGCUCUCCCGUAUUUACACAGCUUCGCUGAGUCAAGGGGUUUUUCCAGAUGUGUGGAAGCAUUCCUUUAUGUUUUCCGUGUUUAAGAAAGGUGAUAAGUGUAACGUGGCUAACUAUCGUGGCAUAACCAGUUUAUCUGCCGCCUCCAAUCUUUUUGAGUUGAUCGUGAACGAUGCUGUCUUUUUCAAAGUUAAGCGUUAUAUCUCACCAGUACAACAUGGCUUUAUGCCAGGACGCUCGGUUAGCACCAAUCUCCUCGAGUUUUCGUCGUUUUGUAUCAACCGUCUAGAGGAACGCGCUCAAGUUGAUGCUAUCUACACCGACAUAAAAGCCGCUUUCGAUCGAAUUGACCAUCGCAUCCUACUGAGAAAACUAUCCCGUCUUGGUGCUUUCGAUGAAUUCAUCGACUGGCUGAGAUCAUAUAAAUAA